AUGUCUGCCAAGUCUCUCCUUCAAAAUGCUGAGAACGAGCGUAACCCACUAAUCAUGUCAGAUGAGCAGAUUUUGGAGCAAAUUUACUCAACCCAUGUCCACAGUGACACAAAGUUUGAUGUGGAUUCUCUUUUAACCCUUGUUGAGAAUACUCUCAGACGUUCAACCCACAUUGUUGACAAUGUUGUGCAGGGAUCCCAUGCAAGCUUGGAGACCAUAGAUGACAAGAUCCCCCAAUUCAAAUCACCACUCUGUACCCUCAAACAAAUUGCUUCUGAGAUGGCAUGCAAGCUAGCCCCAAAUGAGGAAACUGCUCACAAAACAACAAUGGCCAUACUUAACAAGCUCUCAAAAUACGAGUGGGAUGCAAAAGCGGUGCUCACACUGGCGGCUUUUGCAUUGGAAUAUAGCGACUUUUGGCUCCUGGCUCAGUAUCAACCCACAGACCCUCUUGCCAAAUCGGUGGCUAUUCUGAAGCGUGUGCCAUUGCUCACAAGGCCCGCAGCUCUUCAGAAGCAUCGCCAAGCCAUUGCUGAGGUCAACAAUUUGGUGAAAGCAACUCUGCAAGUGAUUGAGGUAAUCUUUGAGUUGGAGAAGCUUACCAGUUACGACAUAAAGGAUCUACCUGCUUUAGGGCUUGCAAUAGAGCAAAUCCCUGUCGAUGUUUACUGGGCUAUCAUCACCAUCGUCUCUGUAGUUACUCAGAUUGAUUGUCUCAUCACUGAAUCAGAGGACAAACACGAACUGUCUCACUAUGGUCAAAAGAUCAACAUCAUACUCAGCAAACUCAGGAAGCAGAUCACGCUCUGUAGACAGCAGAUAGAUGAGGCAGAGUAUCAUCGCAAGCUUAAAAGGCUUUUCCAAAGUCCCACUGAAAUAAUUGAAGUGUUAAAGGUUCUGAUUUUCAACAAGGAUGCUCCUCAGCCUCUGUUUCAUGGCGCUACCAAGACCACGGUGGAGAUGACUGUGCUAAAAAAGAAGAACGUGUACCUGUUUAUUUCUUCCCUAGACAUCACGGAAGAAGAGAUUUCAGUACUGCGACCUGUUUAUGAUUCGAUUAAAACUAAGGAGAAUUAUAAGAUUGUGUGGAUUCCUAUUGUGGAGGCAUGGACCGAGCAGCUGCGCAAGAAAUUUGAGGUUUUGAAAAGCAAGAUGCCAUGGUACGUGGUGCAGUACUCUGGAAUCAUAGCAGGAUACAAGUACAUUAAGGAGGAAUGGCACUUCAAAAAGAAUCCUAUGGUUGUGGUGUUAAGCCCUCAAGGGAAGGUGCAACACUCCAACGCAUUCCAUUUGAUUCAGUCUCAUGGAACCAGGGCUUUCCCGUUUACAACUUUCAGUGAACAACAAAUAAACAACGAAAUCAAUUGGGUUGGCUCUGUAGUAGGAAACAUUCAUCCCAUCAUAAACGGCUGGGUGGAAGGGCAGAAGUACAUUUUGUUCUAUGGAGGGAAGGACAAAGAAUGGAUCCAACAGUUCAGUAAGUACGCGAGUGCCCUUGCAAACGAUGUGGCUGUAAAGGAGGCAAAGAUUUCCAUAGAGUUGUUUUGUGUGGAAAAGGAAGACAAAAGCCUGGCGAAGCGGUUUUGGAGUGGCAUAGAGAGUUUGUUUGUGACUAAAGUUCAAAAGCCAGUUGAUGCAGUGACCCAAGAAGUUCAAAAGAUGCUUUCCUACAAGAAUGAAAGCGGUUGGGCUCUCCUCAGUAAAGGGCCAUCUGUGGUGACGAGUGGCCAUGGAAUCGUAGUCUUGAAGACAGUAGCGGAGUUUGAGAAAUGGAAAGAAGGCAUAAAAAAGGACUUUGGGUUAUCCUUCAAAGAGUACCAUGCGAAGAUUGCGGCCACCACUCACCGUUGCUCACACCUUGAGAUUCCUAAUGUUGCAGGAAAGUUACCAGAGACCAUCAAGUGGCCAGAUUGUCCUAGGGUUAUGGAGAUUUUCAUCAGCUAUAAGUGCUGCCACAAUGAGAAUACCGCCAAUGCCAUAAAAUAG